AGCCCUAGCUAUGACCUCGACGACCGCGGCGUCCUUGUCUAUAGGCACGGCCGAUGGGUUGCUUGAGACCGAGAAGAACGCAGGGGAGUCCGAGAAUACCUAUAUUUUGCGGCCCGUUUUCCAGCAAAGGUUCAGACCCUCUGUGGUUAAAGACUGUAUCCAUGCCGUGCUUAAGGAGGAACUGGCAAACGCUGAAUACUCUCCGGAAGAAAUGCCUCAACUCACAAAACGUUUAUCAGAAACCGUUAAAGAUAAAUUAAAAGAAAUGGGAUUUGACCGAUAUAAAAUGGUGGUGCAAGUAGUGAUUGGAGAACAAAGAGGUGAAGGAGUAUUCAUGGCUGCUCGCUGUUUCUGGGAUGCUGACACUGACAACUAUAUUCAUGAUGUUUUCAUGAAUGACAGUUUAUUCUGUGUUGUAGCGGCAUUCGGCUGUUUCUACUAUUGAAUCUUUGAAAAGUUGGAUAAAGAUAAUGACCAUGAAGAAAUAUGAACUUUUUUAUACUGUUAAAUAUCUCAACAAAAUAAAGAUAAUUUGGCAGUUUGGCAACUGA